CUAGCGGAGGAACUGAGGAUUCCCUGUGUCGGAGUGUCCCUCCUCGGCCACGGUGAUCGGGGGAUUCUCCCGAAGCAGCACUGGGUGCCGUUUGUGACUGCUGCGGGAGAGGAAGCGGCGACGGAGCGGAGCUGGGGGAUACUUAGUGAAGACCUUGAUUUGGGGGUUGGGAUAUAAUGCCCCAUGGUAAUAGUCCUCAAGAUACUCAAUCUCAACUACCUAAGAGCAGCUCAGGGAAUGAUGGCGACCAACAAAGGACUCAAAAGACUACCCCUCAGUCUGCUGCCCCAUCGUUUGCACCUGCGAUCAGUUCUGCUGGACCUCAGUCAUCCAGUUAUCAAAUACAGCAACUCAUAAUGAGUCGGAAUCCUGUUGCUGGUCAGAAUGUGAACAUUACUUUACAAAAUGUAGGACAAGUGGUAGCAGGAAACCAACAGAUAACUCUGACCCCACUGCCGAUUACAAGUCCAGGCUCUCCCAGUUUCCAGUUCAGUUCUCAGUCAAGGAGGUUUGAUCAUGGCUCUCCAUCUUAUAUUCAGGUUACUUCUCCAAUGUCUCAACAGGUCCAGACACAGAGCCCUACACAACCCAGUGCUGUGCCAAUCCAGUCAUUACAGGGUGUCAGAGCGGGAACUGCUGGAGCUAGCUUGGGAAUGUGUAGCCAAAGUCCAACUCAUGGCUUUGUAGAUGCUGGUUUGUUGGUGAGACAACUCAGUCUGGGACCUUCUAGUACUGGCCAUUUUGUUUUUCAGGAAGGAUCUGGCAUUGCUCAGAUAACACCAAGCACACAAAUGCAUCUUCCAUCUGGAACAUCCACAUCGGUACAAACACGUACGCUGUUGCACUCCAAUUCACAGGCUGUUGGCUCUGUGCAUCAGUUUGGGUCACAGAAUACCGUGGCAACAGGAGCUGGUAUACAGACUUUGUCCACUCCAAGCCACAUAACCACAAAUCUACCAACGCAGAUAAGCAGUAUUAUACAGGGACAGUUCAUUCAGCAACAGCAGGUUCUCCAUGGCCAGCAAUUGGGCAGGACCUUUAGCUUUGAUAGGACUUCUGGAGGAAUGAUAGCUGGUGUAACUGGAGCUUCUACUUUUGGGAUAACAUCGCAACAGACUCCAGCAAGUCCAUCACGAGCCAAUGCUCCUCAGGGAGUCUCGAGCCUUCCACUUACUCAGACAGUAAGCAGUACAUUAAAAAAACAAGCUAAAAGGCUUGACGAGAUCCCGCCUGCAUCUGCUGAAGAUGCACGGCUGAGAAAACAAUGCUUAGAACAUCACAACAAAAAUAUGAAGGUUCUGAAGGAAAACUUCAAGGAAUAUCUGAUUGAGUUAUUCUUUUUACAACACUGUCAAGGGAACAUGAUGGAUUUCUUGGCAUUCAAGAAGAAACCUACAAUUUUAUUACAAGCCUAUCUAAGACAAAAUGAUUUGGAUCUAGAAGUGGAAGAAGAAGAAGAAGAAGCAGAAAAGAGCUCUGUAGUCAUCGCCAGUCAGUUUCUGGAUACUCCUGCCAGCCCAACAUCCGAAAUCCCAGUUGCCAUGGAAACACAGGCUUCCUGCACACAAAAGGAGACUUUAUUUGAUUCAACACAAAAGCUUCCAGAUUUCACUCUUUCUGAACUUGGAUCCCUGUCACCAAAUUUAAUGCGUGGUGUAGUUCAGCAGCCAACACCCGGUUCCAUUUGUACUGCGGUGGGGAUGCCACCUUUGCAACACUCUGGUUCUCUUGGUAACAGACAGAGUGACACAACAAAGGUUUCUUUGGUGCCAAAUACUGCCGGCUUGCAAUCAUCGAGCAGAAAUCAGGCUCCUAGAAUGCCAGUGUCUUCUGUGCUCACCACAAUGCAUCUUCCGCAGCAGCAGCUACUUGCUGACUCUCAAUCUCUGAAAGGGAAUCCGCAGGCGUUCAGCAUUCCUAACGUACAAUCUGCCCAAAGCCAACUUUCCCAGCAGCCCCAAGACAAGCUGUUAGGCCAAUCUUCCUUGAAAACUACCUCACAACUGGCUUUGUCAUCUAAGUUAGGCUUUGAUGCUGGAAAAUCCUCAUCUCCAGCUCCCUCUUCACCUACCACACCAUCCAGCAUUCCAGACUCUGUCCUUCCUACUGCAAAUGUCUCACCCAAGAGGAUGUUAUCUCCUGGGGGGAGCAAAGUACUGUCUCCUUCUACAAAGUCACCUGUUCAUUCAGGCACUCAGGAUUCUCCGAGUCUAGCACCGGGUACAGAGGACAUUUCCCAGGAUCCAGUAUCUAAACCACAAGAGCAGGAAAAUCGGAUCCAUCAGCGAAUAGCAGAGCUUCGAAAAGAAGGCCUGUGGUCAUUGAAGAGGCUACCUAGACUGAUGGAGCCCUCCAGACCAAAGUCCCAUUGGAAUUACCUGUUAGAAGAGAUGCAGUGGAUGGCUGCUGACUUUGCCCAAGAAAGGAUGUGGAAAAUUGCCAGUGCUAAGAAGAUGGCCCGGACAGCAGCAAGACAUCUAGUAGAGAGAGAACAGAGAGAUGCCAGGGCCAAGAAGGAGGAUGAAGACAGACUGAGGCGCAUCGCAUGGAUAGCGGCUCGAGAGAUUCAGCAUUUUUGGUCCAAUAUUCAGCAGGUAGUGGAGAUAAAAUUUCAGGUGCAGUUGCAAGAGAAGAGAAGGAAAGUCUUCCACACACCAGGCAAAGCACAAAAAGGGGAAGAAGUGAAUAAAGCGCAACCACAUGUGAAGUUGGAGCGCCGUUUGAAUCAAACUGUCUCUGGGCCUGUGUUAAAGGCAACAAGGAAUAAAGCAUGUGACAUUGAGUUCGAUGGCGCUCCGAAGCAGAAGGUCCUCAUUGACUCUUUGCUGAAUAUAGAAGGAGGUGGCUCUGCCCAUAUGGGUGCAAUGAAGCACAAUCGAGACAUUGCAGAGGUGGCUGCUGCAGCAGAACUGUUACUACCACGGGGCAGCUCUCGCAUCUCUGGAGCAGUGAAAACUCCUGCACCAUCUCUACUUCAUGGCAAACUUCGGGAUUAUCAGUUGAUCGGACUGGACUGGUUUGCUAAACAGUACAAAAAGAACCUUAAUGGGAUUCUGGCAGAUGAAGCAGGGUUGGGCAAAAAUGUCCAGGUGAUUGCCCUCCUUGCACAUCUGGCUAGCAAUGAAGGAGUAUGGGGUCCUCAUUUGAUUGUUGUACGAAGCUGUAAUGUCUUGAAGUGGGAGCUAGAACUCAAACGCUGGUGUCCAGCACUCAAACUACUUCUGUAUUUUGGGAACCAACGAGAGCUGAGAAAGAAGCGUCAGAGAUGGCAUGAGCCCAACAGCUUCCAUGUCUGCAUCACCUCCUACAAGCAGCUAUUCAAGGGACUGCAGGCCUUCAUGAAAAUGAGAUGGAAAUACCUUGUCUUGGAUGAAGUCCAUCAGCUCCGCAAUAUUACUGAGAAGCACUGGGAAGCCAUCCUCAAACUUCCAAGCCAGCGCAGGCUGCUUCUCAGGGACACUCCGUUACCACACACUUGGAAGGACCUGUGGACCAUGGUGCACUUCCUCAUUCCAGGCUUGUCCAGAUCAUACUUGGACUUCCCAGUAAAGGAUGGAAGUGAACAAGACCAAGAAUACAGACACACCAUUUCAAUAAGAUUGCAUCGGUCCACCCAGCCCUUUAUAUUACGUCGGACCAAGAGAGAUGUGGAGAGGCAGCUAACCAAGAAAUCUGAGCAUGUGCUGAAGUGCCAGCUGUCUAAUCGACAGAAGGUCCUAUAUGAGGAUGUUAUGAUGCAACCUGGGACACAGGAUUCCUUAAAGGGAGGACAUUUUGUCAGCGUUCUCCAUGUCCUGACUCAGCUGCAGAGGAUUUGUAACCAUCCAGAUCUGGUUGAUCCACGUCCUAGCUAUUCUUCCUAUGCAUGUGAUACUCUGCAUUAUGAGUCUGCAUCACUAGUGCUUCGAGCUAUGGAGUAUGAUCCAUGGAAGGGCAAAGAUUUGUCCCUCUUUGAUUUAAUUGGAAUGGAGAAUAAAAUGACACGUUAUGAAGCUCAGUUACUUCCAAAACAGAAAGUAACUAGAAAACUGAUUCAAGAGCUAUAUAACAACCCUGAUCCUGGACCUCGACCCAACAAAGUUAAGAUUAAACCCAGCAGGUUGUUUGAGCCAGUCCUCUAUGGACAGAAACCUGAAGGGCGAUUAGUUGCUUUCCCAAAUGCACCAGCAACACGUGUGGUGACGACUACUACAGCCACGGUCACUCCAGUCAAAAGGUCACCAGUCACCACACCUGCUGUGCCCCAGGCUACUAAAGUACCUAUCUCCCAGGGUCAAACUUCUAAUAUCUCAGUGGGAGCUCCUAGGCCACAUGCACCAACAGCCUUUGCAGCAACCACUUCAGUAAGGCAACUGAAUCAGGCUCAUUCCCAGACUUCCCAGCAUGCAGUUCAGCAGAAUGUUAUGUCUCCGAGGCUGGUACUCAGUUCUCAGGCCAGACUUCCAAGUGGGGAAGUAGUAAAAAUUGCUCAGCUGGCUACAUCUGGUGCAUCUCAGGGUCGUAUUGCUCAGCCGGAAACACCAGUUACUUUGCAGUUCCAAGGAAACAAAUUCACUCUGUCCCAGAGCCAGUUGCGGCAGCUCACUGCUGGCCAGCCACUUCAGCUGCAAGGUAAUGUUCUACAGAUUGUAUCUGCCCCGAGUCAGUACCUGCGUCCUCAAGGUUCCGUUGUUCUUCCAACAAUGCCUCAAGGUGCAGCUGCUAAUGUAGUGAGGAACCAAUCCCAACUGGGAGCCUCGCAGCCUAACACUGUGCCAUCAGCAGCGCUUCUAACAGCUAAAAAUGCACAAGUUGGAGUAGACUCGACAACAAGACCUGCUCCUGCUGUGUUGGGAAGUGCCCAGGAAUCUGCAGAAAAUAAGCAUCGAUUAUUGAAGGAACGCUUGGACCGGAUUUUCAUUUGUAAUGAGAGGCGCUGUUCACAAGCUCCUUUGUAUGGGUCUGACUUGAUAUCUCUCUUCUCCCUGAAUUCUACUCGUACUCACCCUUUCCUGUUGGACACGCAGUGGAGCUGGACUGGGUCUGAUAACUGCGCAGUUUCCUCCCAGUCCUCUGGGAGUUCAAGUGAUCCAUUACAACAUCUUAUCCUGAGCCCAGAACAGCAGAAAACUGCCCUUGAGCCUCUUGCUAAAAGAACACUCUGUGUGGUCCCCAGUGUUGUUGCUGCUCCUGUUGUGCUGGUAGUACCAAAUCCUCCUCCUAUAUAUACUCAUAGCAUGAAGAUGCUGAGUCAGCGUCUGAGAGAACAAGCUGCUCCUUAUAUGCAGAGCCUAAGGGAGCGAACUUCACCUCAUUGUGUGCAGACCCCUGACCUGAGGCUCAUCCAGUGUGAUUCAGGAAAGCUGGAAGCUCUCUCCAUCCUUCUCCAGAAGCUAAGGUCCGAAGGCCGACGUGUUCUUAUUUUCUCCCAGAUGCUGCUCAUGCUGGACAUAUUGGAGGUCUUCCUGGACUUCCAUUCCUUGACUUUCUUGAGGAUUGAUGAACAUGCUAACUAUGAGCAAUGCCAGGAUCUGAUGAAAAGUUUUAACAGAGACCCUCGCAUUUCCUGUAUGGUCCUGUCUACUCACAUCCACUCUUUGGGGGUACACCAUGUAGAAGCAGACACAGUGAUAUUCUAUGACAGUGAUCUAAACCCUGUGAUGGAUGGUAAAACCCAGUCGUUGUGUGAUCUUAUUGGCAGAGCAAAGGACAUUCAUGUGUACAGGCUGGUGAGUGCUAAUUCUAUAGAGGAGAAGCUGCUGAGGAAUGGCACCAAGGAUCUAAUUCGAGAGGUGGCAGCUCAGGGUAGUGACUAUUCUCUGGCUUUUUUAACCCAGCAAACUAUCCAAGAGUUAUUUGAAGUCUGUUCUCCAAUGGAUGACUCUGGAUUCAGGGUGAAAGCUGAGGAGUUUGUAUUGCUAUCUCAGGAACCAUCUUCUUCUGACAUCAUCACUCCGAAGGUUGCAAAGCCAUUUGUGGAGGCACUGGGUAAAAUAGAGUUUGGACAGGAUGAAUACCUUACUGAGAGUACACAGCAAGAUAUUCCAAAGCCAAAUGUUGGGAUCACUUCAAAUGAGUCUGAAUUAAUGGAAAACCAGGAUCCUUCCCAAUUACAGGAGUUAUGUGACAUGAUGCAGCAGCUGACUCCAAUAGAGAGAUAUGCUCUACAUUACCUAGAACUAUUCCAUGCCUGCAGCAUAGGGGACGCUCCUGGAUGCAUAGAGGAGCAAUUGAAUGUAGCUAGGAAAGAGUGGGACUCGCAGCACCUCAGAGAAUUAAAGGAGAGGAUGCAAUGGGAAGAUGAAGAGGAUGAGUUGCUGACCUACACACGAGAGGAUGCAUAUAACAUGGACUUCAUUUAUGAUGAACCGGACGUACAGACAGAAAUAAUGCCAAUCUGGACACCACCUACUCCUCCACAAGAUGAAAAUGACAUUUAUAUUGACUCUGUGAUGUGUCUGAUGUACGAUACGAACCCCAUUCCAGAGUCUAAACUGCCCCCGGUUUAUGUGAGAAAGGAACGGAAGAGACACAAAACAGAUCCAGCUGCUGCAGGUAGGAAGAAGAAGAUGCGGCAUGGAGAUGCUGCUGUUCCUCCUCGUUCCUUGUUUGACAGAGCAGCUCCAAACCCGCUUAAAGUACGCAAAGAAGGGAAGGAACAGAAGAAGAAUAUACUAUUAAAACAGCAAACCCAAUUUGCAAAACCUCUGCCAACCCUGAUCAAGCCAGUCAUGGAGACUGGUCCUGACAAUCCAGAGUGGUUAAUCAGUGAAGACUGGGCCCUUCUACAGGCAGUGAAGCAGCUCUUGGAACUCCCUCUUAAUCUCGCAGUUGUGUCACCAGCUCAUACACCAAAUUGGGACCUGGUUAGUGAUGUAGUAAACUCCUGCAGUCGCAUCUACAGAUCAUCUAAACAGUGCCGAAGUCGAUAUGAGAACGUCAUAAUUCCAAGAGAGGAAGGCAAAUUGCUAUAUGAUGUGAGUCCAAAAAAGAAGACAGAAAACAUAUUUAAGAAUAAACCCUUGAGGACCAGUCAGAUAUAUGUACAAGAUGAGGGAUUAACACACAGUCAGUUGUACACCACCCGUUUUGACUUGAUGAAGAUGACUGCUGGAAAGAGAAGUCCACCCAUCAAACCUUUAUUAGGCAUGAAUCCAUUCCAGAAGAAUCCCAAGCAUGCAUCUGUUCUGGCAGAAAGUGGCAUCAACUAUGAUAAGCCACUGCCACCAAUUCAGGUGGCCUCAUUGCGUGCAGAUCGUAUAGCCAAAGAGAAGAAGGCUCUGGAGCAGGUUAGAGCACAGCAGCAAUCUGGCCCAUUACCACAGCAGCCACAGCAAAAUGGACAGCAGCCAGUCCAACCCGCAACUGUGCAAACAGCACAAGCUCAGGUUUCAAACCCUGUGGUUACUCAGGCACAAGUUGUGGUUCAACAGCAACCUGCAGCCAAGGGUCCCAACGCUGGCAUGCCAUCCAUAACAGCUCCAGCACUUCUUACUGGCACCAUUAAGGCUUCUGUACCUGGGACAAGUAUAACCACUGGAACGGUCACUGCAAAUGUGCUUGUAAACACAGUGGCAGGGGUGUCUCCUGCAACUUUCCAGCCUCUUAACAAGCGCCUGGUAUCUCCAGUGGUAACUGGUACAGUUUCAAAUACUGGAACAGCAACUGGUCAAAUGGUUCAGCAGAGGUCUGCAGUAACACCAACCGCUUCCACAGAGAUGGUGACCAUAGCAACCAGUCCAGGGGUACGAACAGUUACCGGAGGGACAGUGGUCUCUACUAACCUUACUCCUAUUCAAACCCAGGCCAGGACCAUUGUUACCCAAGUGACCACAGCCACCACUACUGGUGUUCAGCUAGCUGGUAAAACCAUCACCCCUGCACAGUUCCAGCUUCUCCGCCAACAACAGGCUGCACAGGUCCAGGUUCCUCAGAUACAGGCGCAGUCUCAGGGGCAAAUAAAGGCUGUUACAAAGAUCUCUCCGGAGCAGUUACUAAAGUUGCAGAAGCAGAAGCUACAACUCUCCCAGCAGGUGUCUCAGGCAGGAACACUAACUGGCACCACAGCACAAGUGCAGGUUCAGCCACAGCAACAGCAGUUAGCAACUGUGACUGCCUCGCGUGCUGGAGCUGUCCUCACCGGAGCCACGGUGGCAAAUCUACAGGUGACUCGCCUGCUGCAGGCUCAGGGACAGAUCCAAGCACAGCAAGGGCAGACCGCACAGGUGGCUCUGGCAAAGCCACCUGUGGUAUCUGCUGUUGUUUCUUCUGGAGGUGUCACCACCCUUCCGGUUACAGUAGCAGGGAUCAGUGUUUCUAUCAAUCAACCCCAUAAAGCAGCAGGAGGACAGACCGUUAUGGCCCAGCCACUGCAUAUGCAGCCAUUGCUAAAGCUGAAACAGCACCAUACUACCCAGCAACAGCAGAAAGCUCUCCAGACACAGACUACCUUAGGGCAGCAGAAGUCUUACCUUUCCCUCCAGAUAACCACACCUCAAGUGUCUACUGCAUCUCAGCAGCAAAAAGUCACCUAUACCAGCCAGCCAGCAAUUAAAACUCAGUUCCUAACAACUUCAUUAACUCAGGCACAGAAGGCAGCUGGGACCCAGCAAGUGCAAGCGCAAAUACAGGUUUCCAAACUCCCUCAGGUGGUUCAACAGCAAGCUGCAUUAGCAACACUGCAACAGGUUGUUUCGGCAUCACAGCAGGUUCAACCACAGACUGUGACUUUGACCCAAGCAACAGCUGCAGGACCGCAGCAGGUACAGGUGAUACCAGCUGGUUCAGCUGCAGCCCAUGUGGUGCAACAAAAACUCCUUCAGCAGCAAGUGAUGGCAGCUGCAGCUUCCUCACAACUCCAGGUUUCCUCCAGUCAGAGCACUGCAUCUGUACCAGGCACAGUAGAUACUCAGAACCAGCAAGCAAAGCUACAAGUCCGAACACAGACUGUAAGGAUCAAAGCUCCCACCAAACCAAGUUGAGGGUCAUGUGGGACAGGUUGAUUGUAGCCAAGGAGCCUUGUUCUAGUUUGAUUCAAGUUCUAGAUGGACGAUUAACAAUACAUCUUUACAGGAUCCUUCAGUUUUGAAGUGCCUAAACUCAGACCAGACAAAAUACAUUAACUUCAAAGAAAUCUUAUUUCAUCACAAUCCUACAGGAUGCAUGUACUUGAGAGGCUAAAGACACAUUAGGAGUACUAUAGUUCUAUAAUAUUUGCAAGUUCGACGUGUCCAAGUACAAUUACUGCAUUUAAGCUCACUUGGCUCGUCCUGAGCGUUAGAAAUAAAUCUGCUUUAUUUAGGCCCUCCUACCUCCUGCUAUUGGUUAAAACUUACGGACAUUUGCCUUCUUGCAGAAGGUGUGGGCUCUGAUAGCAGAAUUGAAAGUACACACAACUAUUAACUGUAGGCACAAAUUCUAUCCAUUAUCCACAUUAGCACAAAUCAAUGUAAGUACCAUGCUGGGUUAUAACCUGCAUAUACAUGCUUUGGAAGGUAUGGGUGCGCAUGGUGUGUACAUGUUCAUAUAGCCACGAAGGGGAUACACUCCCAUCUAGUGGUGACUGCAUAGGGAAAAACAAGCCAUAACUGGAAUAACAGGUUUCACAUGUGUGGCCUUUGUGGGUCUGACUGCAUAAAAACCUAUGUCUUUGCUAGAUGUCCCUUACAGCCUCUUGAUUUUAUAGAGGUUUUAGAAAUCAGGUUAAAUAAAAAAAUUAGAAAUCAGGCUCUCGGCUAUUUUUAUACAAACAUGAAUUAUUCUAAAAUGUAACAUUUUUUUAAGACCUAAUAGUUCACAGAUAUAAAGUCUAUUACUGCUGGAAGAGGAAACAACUCAUUGCUUAUGACAAAUAGGUUAUGUAUUAGCAUAUGUUCUUUAUUGUUAACUAGCCAUUAAAAUAAUUAGAUUUUCAGUGCACAGUUUCAUGAAUAGUAAUAUUUUCAAAUAUAAUUUAUACCAGUAUGUCCAAAAAUGUGUAGAAAUGCAAGGCUGUGUGUUUUCUUGUAUAGUAACAAUUCAGUUUUAGAAAUAGAUGGCUUAAUAGUUUCUACAGUACAUGUACUACAUGUCAUUACUCAACAGACUGAUAUGAUAGUAGGAGCUGUAGUACAAAGUUAGUUUGUGCUCAUAUUUUGUUUUUGUUUCUUUUUCUUUACCCCGUUGAUGGGACUGUGGCAAUGAGCGGUGUCCUGUGUUACCGGCAGUAAUACAAUUGCAUGAGCCCACUUGCAAAUUAGUGUUCACUGCUUGCACAGUAACUUCUUUUUGAAGAAACCAUCAGGUAUAAAACAGGACUUUAUACAGGACAUUAUGAUGGGGUCCAAGGCAUUUUGUCUGACUUUUCUUGCACCCUUCCAAAGAACCAAGAUGCAACGCUUAAAUGUGAAAAUUACUGUUUGAAAUUGUAUAACGUUUGAUUAUCCCAUUUUGUUUAUUUUGUAAGAAUUUUUUCUAAAGAAA